ACUUAAUUUUGUAGAUUUAUUCAUCACGCUUAAAUAGUCUUCCUACGAUUAUUAAAUUAUAACGUCAAUUAAAUAAAUGGACUUGAGAUUUGUCUUUUUUUUGUCUACAUAGUUUACUGUUUUCAAAGAUUUUGACUUGAUUUGUCAUAAUAUUUCUUACAUUGAAUGAGCCACAUUGAUUAUAAAAGUGGACUUGAACUUCGUCUUUUGGGUUGUCUCCAAACUCUAUAUAAACACAUAACUUCCUUCUGCCUAAUCAAAAAGAAAUGGAAGGACAAAACAAGAAGAUUGUGUGUGACCUCUACAGGGCAUUGGCCGCUCGUGACACCAAAAGUGUGCAUCGUCUUCUAGCUCCAGAUAUCGAUUGGUGGUUCCAUGGGCCACCCGCUCAUAAGUACAACCUUAUGCAGUUGCUCACUGGAAGUUGUGUUAUCGAGGACACCGACUCUUUUAAGGCUGUUGUUGUUGUUGGUCUUGGGUCGACGGUGGUUGCAGAGGGCUACCACCUUUAUGACAACCGAAGAACAUGUUGGGUGCAUGCAUGGACGGUGGAGAAUGGGAAGAUUAUAACACAAGUCAAGGAGUAUUUGAGCACUUCUCUUACUGUCUUCUCUUACACAAAGUCUAGUAAUAUCUUUUUGGCUUCACCGAGAUCUCCUAAAUGUAAGAACGUGUGGCAGAGUGAACUUGCGGACAAUGCUUCAGUGCCUCAUCUUCUUCUAGUGCUUUAA